CGGGAGUUUAUUACUGGAAACUACUAGGAGUACAACGCAAGCAUACAGUCGUACUAGCUAAUACAAUAAUUUCCGAGCGAGACACAGUACGGACUCGGGUACAGGAGUUACGAACUAAAAACCCCAAGAGGUUUGUGCGCAUCUGUGUACCAGUAUGUAUGUACCGUAUGGCAUAUGUGCAUACGGUAGGGUACACGUGCACUGUACGGUAUGGUAUGCGGGAGCAGAAGGCACAACAGACUUCAACCAAGCAACAGUCAUUGGCGAUUCAGUGCUUAAUCAGUCACCCUUUGCUGACAUGGAUUCUCAUGGUGGAGGGGACAAGGGCGAGUGGUGCGACCCUUUUAAUACUGUUUUGUUUGGGCUUCAAGCUGUCAAUGCAUCGCACUCCUUGUUCCUAUACCUCCAAACUGACUGAGACUACUCGACCCCUGAUUCUCUGCACGACCUGCCUUUGAAUUUUGAAGACCAAGAGGCAGAAGGCAUCUAGUUCGGUUAUUCGGUUAACCAGAAGGACCAGCAAAGCUGAGUGCAUCAUUAAGUUUGCCACAUCAAAACAUCCAAGUUUCAUUCCCCAGACUUUGUAAAGAAUCAUGAGGCUGAAGCGACGAAGAAGAGAACCCAGCAUGAUGGCCAAGCUGUGGGAAACACUAUUUGGGAGCAAUAAAGGUGCCAAUCGCAGACGCAGUGCUUCAUUGCUGAUCUUUGUGGUUUCCCUGGUGGGUUCCUUUCAAUUUCGUGAUUCCAUCAAGGAGCAAACCAGUCUACUUGAAGAAUUGGACAGGGAGAUCACUAGACGGAAGCAGCAAAAAGAAACCAGAAGUCUUGCCUCCAUUUCAUCCACAUCAACAACGCCACUACCAGUAUUCACUCCACCACCCCAAUAUCCUGUAGUGGACAUUCUCUCAAUUGGUUCCAAACAACGUCCAGACUAUUUGGUGGCCCAACGAGAAAGUUUUGCCUCACAUGCAUCCGUUCGCCAUUUCUUCAAUGCCACUGAAGCAGACGACCUGGAUGAUCCACACUGUGACAGUCACUUGACCCCAGAAAAUACAGUCCAAAUUAGUCGAUUUUGCAAGGUCAAACGAUUGCACCCGCAGACUCAAGUCAUGAUGCAGUAUGCCCGAAACUUAUAUGCCAACGGAAACUGGCUGCUGAAAAAGGCCAAUCCAGUCGGUUGGAUGUGUGCCCAACGGCGACCCAUGCAUGGAUUGUACAAGGUAUUUCAACAAUACUUUCAGCAACAGAAACUGCUAUCGAAUGAUAUAACAAUCAACACUCCCACACUGAGCGAUUCAUUGCCUGAUUACUUGAUUGUCAUGGACGAUGACACCUACUUCAAUCUGGAACAGUUCCCCAUCAAAAUGGCCCUGGAUGUCCAGGCUACAAAACGUCCACUGGACGACCCCUACGUCUUGGCGGGAUGUCUGGUUCGAUGGCCCAUUCAUCACAUAAACUUUACCUUUGGAUUUGGAGGAUAUGGCACCGUCUUUAACAAAGCAUCCCUGCAAAAGUUGGCCAAACCCAUCCAUUGCACACAAGACGACAGCAAAGAGGCUUGUGCGCAGGUAAAACGCAACAUGGUGGGGGAAGAAAAGUUAUUUCGAGAAGGCAUGAGUGUCCUGGAUCUGAUUCAUGCCUUUGUCAGCCAUGAACCAUACAAGGAAUUUCCCAAGAACAACUGGACCGAUGGAUUCUGUAUGCACAGUGAUUGGGUCCUGGGGUACUUUGUCAAUUAUUACAACAUUUCACGCCAUACAUCCAGUGAAUCGUUCUUCGAACAUGUGCCCCAAAGCCGCAUGGAAGAGUGGGAUAAAAGCAGCAUUUACCGUCAACCCCAAGGAUUCUGCAAGAACGCACACAGGGAAAACUGCAAGCCAGAUUCCCUCACCUGCCAUUACAUGAAACCAGAGGACAUGAGAAUCUACACCGAAACUGUGAAACAAACUGCAGCACCAGGAAUGUUUCGAAGUAUUUUCUAGGCACUGGUGGUGGGAAGCAGCUUUGGUGGGUUGGCGUUGAUUUUGGCGUACACGCACGUCAAUUCACGAAUAUGAUGAUGUGAUGAGGGUUGGCAGCAACGUCAUGCUGGACCCUUCGAUACAUAAGCAUCAUUAUCUAACUGGCACCUGGGAGCCUUGAGCCACCAGAAAAGGCUAGAUAGCUUUGCCACACAAGCGGUUGGCAGACCAGAUUCAUUCUUAGCAUGCUUCAAAGGAUGGAUACAGCAGCAAGAACGGAAAUCUCUGCUCAUGGAUUUCAUGUAUCCUAAGCGUCCGCAGCUUUGGUCUCUUGCCACAAUCUGCUUCAGUCUCCUCAGCUUAACCCCUCCCUUGGCAGUUGUCCAGUAUUUUUAUAAAAUACAAGCUAUCCCUUUAUUGUUCUAAUCUACUAUGUAUGCAGCUAGCCGAGUAACACCUACCUACACAGCAAACCAGUCACUUGCACUACUCGC